CAGAAUGUGCUGAUGACGUCACCGGAAAACAGACCCCCCCAUCUCUCGCAAGUGCCGACGGGACCGGAAGUUGUGGCAUUCGCUCAGAUGACGUCACUGAGAGCCCUCGGCAGCCGCGCCCACCACCUCCUCACCCGCGGGUCCACCCACGUGGCCGUCCACCCUCCCUCCUCAUCCUCCUCGUCAUCAACCCGCCCGGCGUCGGCCCGCACCUCCUCCUCCGCCACCGUCGGAGCGAUGACGCAAGCCGACAACCGGGCCAGCUGCCCGGAAGGCGCCGGGCAUUUUGCCCCGCCGCGCGCCGUGCGUGGCAUGACGUCGCUGGACCGCGCCGCCUUCUCGCGCCGUGUCACCGUGCCGGCCAUCGUGGUGCCGGCCGCCGCCGUCUCACGCCUCAUGCGACUGCUCAGCGCCCUCUCCCUGCGCCGGCCCGGCGUGAGGCGCGUCGUGGACGCCGGCGUUGUCGACGCCACCGCCGGCACCGGCAAAUCCGAUGCAGACGACGCCACCGCCUCCGCCAAUGACGCCGGCGCCGACGAUGGCGGCGCCGCCGCCGUCGGCGCCGGCGCCGAAGAGAACCGGCGUGGCGAUGGCGAAGGCCUCAAGUACAUCCUGCUGGACCCGGCGAGGACGAGCGUGGGAGAGGAGCCGGGCCCCACGCUGCGCGAGGCGCUGGGUGCCUGCGGCCUACCGCUGGCACGGCCCGCGGCCUACACCCUGGAGCUGGCCUACGACAACUUCCGCGCCGAGGAGGUGCUGCGCGCCGUGCUGCCCGAGGGCCGCGAGGUGCCCGCGGCCUUCAGCCGCCUCGGCCACAUCGCCCACGUCAACCUGCGCCAGCACCAGCUGCCGUACCGCCACCUCAUUGGUCAGGUGAUCAUCGACAAGAACCCAGGCGUGACGACGGUGGUGAACAAGGUGGACAUCAUUGACUCCACCUUCCGCAACUUCCACAUGGAGGUCCUCGCGGGGGAUGGCAACCUCGUCACUCAGGUGAGGGAGAACGGGCGGACCUUCGAGCUGGACUUUGCUCAGGUCUACUGGAACCCGCGCCUGGGCACGGAGCACGCUCGCGUGGUCUCGCGCCUACGCCGCGCCGACGUGCUGCUCGACGUGUUCGCCGGCGCCGGCCCCUUCGCCGUACCGGCGGCGCGCCGUGGCUGCCGCGUCCUCGCCAACGACCUGAACCCCCACGCGGCGCGCUGGCUGCUGCGCAACCUCCUCAUCAACAAGGUGCCCGGCGUUGACGUGACGGCCGGGACAGGCGCCGGUGGCGCCGCGGCAGAGCCCGAGGGCGCCAUUCCUGCCCCGCGUGUAUACAACAUGGACGGGCGCGCAUUCAUCCGCGGGCCCGUCAGGGACCUGCUGCUGCAGCUGGGCCGCGCCGCCCUAGCAGUGGACGGCGGCGGCGGCGGCGGUGGCAUCGGUGGUGAUGGUGUCAGUGGCGACGGUGUCAGUGGCGACGGUGUCAAUGUCGCUGGGGUCGGUGCUGGCGACGGCGCUGGCGACGGCGGUGCCGGCGUCGGCGGCGAUGGCGUGAGUGACGGCAUCGAUGGUGUCGGCGUUGGUAGCGCGAGUGCCAGCGGUGUUACCGGCGACGGUAAGAGUCUCGCUAUCGGCGACGUUGGCGCCCCGCCGGCCAUCCACAUCACCAUGAACCUGCCGGCGCUGGCGCUCGACUUCCUGUCGGAGUUCCCGGGGCUGCUGGCGGACGAGGGCGGCGGCGGCGCGGCGGCGGCGGCGGCGCUGGCGGCGUCGCACCGCGGCCCCACGGUGCACCUGUACGCGUUCUCGCGCUCGCCCGACCCGGCCGCCGACGUGCGGGCCCGCGCCGAGGCGGCGCUGGGCGGCGCCGCGCUGCCCGCCGGCGGCCUGCACCACGUGCGCAACGUGGCGCCCGGCAAGGAGAUGAUGCGCUUCAGCUUCGCGCUGCCCGCCGCCUUGCUGGCCGGGGAGAGGGCGGCGACGCCGGCGGCCGCCGCGCCGGGCCACGGGCGGCGGGAAGAGGAGGAGGAGGCGGCGGCGGCGACGGCGCUGGCGGCGCCUCGGGAGCUCGCAGGGGGGGCGCGCGGCGAGGAGGGGGGCAGAGACGCCGUCGCCGCGGACGGCGGCGAAGAGCGGCGGGACGGGGGGCCGCCCCCCAAGCGAGCGAGGACGGUCGACGACGGGAGUCCGGGGGGUCCCGGCGGGGUCACGACCUCCGCGUGACUCGGAGGCGGUGGGGGUAGGGCGGGAAGU